UUUUACGCGCAUACACAUUUGCAUCGACAGCCAUAAGCCCUCGAAAAGCUCCAAAAAAGCUUACGACUUUAAGGCACCAUACACAGGAAAGGGGAAACGAAUUUGUUAACAAUCGGCAGAAAAUUUUGCAUUUUUCCAAAGUCAAGAGGGAGAGAGAGAGAGAUUUUAUUCUUCUUCGUUCCUCUUUCUCACGGAUUUUCUAUUUGAUUUUCCUUGGGUUUUCCGCGAUAAUCGAAGAUCGUCUUUGUAAGUGACGCCGAUUUCGGCUGUUUGUUUCUCGCUUCCGGGUUCUGUUUGUUUUUGAUCGGCAGAGAAAUAAAGCAGCUACCGGUGGUAGUGUGAGAUGCUCAUUUCAGCUCGAAGAAUCCGUCGAGUGAUCUCAAACACAAACGCCUCCGAAAUCGUUCGAUCAUGGGUCUUUAUGAAAUACUGAUUCCUUCCUCACUCUCUGAAUAUCUGAAUCCUGCUCUUCUGCGAACUUCUCAGCAAUUGCCGGUACUCGAACUCUGUUCCGUUUGCAUCAAUCUCACGCUUUUUGUAGUGCUUCUGUUUGUCAUCUCCGCCAAGCAGAUCUUCAUCUGUGUGAGAAGAGGCGGAGACAGAUUCCGUAAGGAUGAUCCAGUUUCUAGCCCCAUCAGACGUAAUGUCAGCGUGGACGGAGAGAUCCACGAUGUUAGUGUCGGGAUCGGAUUUAAACUGUCCGUGCUUUGUUGCUUCUACGUGUUAGCUGUGCAAGUUCUGGUUCUGGGUUUUGAUGGGGUUGGAGUUAUUAGAGCGGCAGCGAAUGGCAAAGCCACAGACUUUUCGGUCCUUUGCUUGCCAGCUUCUCAGGGUUUAGCUUGGUUUGUGCUUAGCUUCUUGGUUCUUCAUUGCAAAUAUAAGCUAACUGAGAAGUUACCCUUCUUCUUGAGGAUAUGGUGGUUCAUGUCAUUUGCAAUCUGUCUCUGUACUUUGUAUGAAGAUGGAAGAGGGUUCGUUAUACAAGGUUGGAAUCACUGGUCUUCCCAUGUUGUGGCCAAUUUAGCUGUCACGCCAGCUCUUUGUUUUCUAUGCUUCGUCGCUUUGAGAGGCAUUUCUGGUAUAGAAGUUCGCCGAAGCUCUGAUCUUCAGGAGCCUUUGCUUCUUGAAGAAGAGGCAUCUUGUCUUAAAGUCACUCCGUACAGUGGUGCUGGGCUGUUUAGCUUGGUCACCCUUUCUUGGUUGAAUCCACUUCUCUCGGCUGGUUCAAAAAGACCGCUUGAGCUGAAGGAUAUACCCCUUCUUGCCCCGAAAGAUAGAGCCAAGUCAAGUUACAAGGUGUUGAAUUCGAACUGGGAGAAGUCCAAGGCCGAAAAUUCUUCAAAGUCUCCUUCUUUGGCCUGGGCGAUUCUGAAAUCGUUUUGGAAAGAAGCAGCAUGGAAUGCUGUCUUUGCUGGCCUGAAUACUCUCGUUUCCUACGUGGGACCCUACAUGGUCGGCUACUUUGUUGAUUUUCUAGGAGGUAAGAAGAUCUUUCCUCAUGAAGGAUACGUUCUUGCGGGGAUAUUCUUUGCAUCCAAACUUGCAGAGACCAUUACCACCCGUCAAUGGUAUCUUGGGGUUGAUAUCUUGGGCAUGCAUGUUAGAUCAGCCCUAACAGCAAUGGUGUACCGAAAAGGCCUCAAACUUUCAAGCGUGGCCAAGCAAAGUCACACAAGUGGUGAGAUUGUGAACUACAUGGCAGUCGAUGUCCAGAGAAUCGGGGAUUAUUCAUGGUAUCUUCAUGAUAUUUGGAUGCUUCCCAUGCAAAUAAUUCUUGCUCUUGCAAUUUUGUAUAAAAGCGUGGGCAUAGCGUCUGUUGCCACAUUGGUUGCCACCAUUAUCUCAAUUGUUGUCACAAUUCCAUUGGCCAAGGUGCAAGAAGACUAUCAAGAUAAAUUGAUGGCUGCCAAGGAUGAUAGAAUGAGAAAAACAUCAGAGUGUCUUAGGAACAUGAGAAUUCUGAAACUACAGGCUUGGGAGGACAGGUAUCGAGUGAAGUUGGAGGAGAUGAGGGGAGAGGAGUUCAGGUGGCUUCGCAAGGCAUUAUAUUCACAAGCUUUUAUCACCUUCAUCUUCUGGAGCUCGCCAAUAUUUGUAGCCACUGUUACAUUUGCUACUUCGAUAUUCCUAGGAACCCAACUCACUGCCGGGGGCGUUCUUUCUGCUUUGGCCACAUUCAGAAUUCUUCAGGAACCACUUAGGAACUUUCCAGAUUUGGUUUCAAUGAUGGCCCAAACAAAGGUUUCUCUUGAUAGGCUUUCUGGGUUCUUACAGGACGAAGAGCUUCAAGAAGAUGCAACGAUUGCUAUUCCCCGUGGGCUUUCAAACAUAGCCAUAGAGAUCAAGGAUGGUGAUUUCUGUUGGGACCCUUUUUCUCCAAGGCCGACACUAUCUCGGGUUCAGAUGAAAGUGGAGAAGGGUAUGCGUGUGGCUGUUUGCGGUAUGGUUGGUUCGGGAAAGUCAAGUUUUCUCUCUUGCAUCCUUGGGGAGAUCCCUAAAAUUUCCGGUGAAGUUAGAAUAUGUGGUACUACUGCUUAUGUGUCUCAGUCGGCUUGGAUUCAGUCCGGAAACAUUGAAGAAAACAUUCUGUUUGGCAGUCCAAUGGAUAAAGCAAAGUACAAGAAUGUGAUACAAGCAUGUUCCUUAAAAAAGGAUUUGGAGCUUUUCUCUCAUGGGGACCAGACCAUAAUUGGUGAUAGAGGUAUAAAUCUCAGUGGUGGUCAGAAACAAAGAGUACAACUUGCGAGGGCACUUUAUCAAGAUGCCGACAUUUAUUUGCUUGAUGAUCCGUUUAGUGCUCUUGAUGCCCACACUAGCUCCGAGCUUUUCAGGGAAUAUAUAUUAUCUGCAUUGGCCGAGAAGACUGUCGUUUUUGUGACACAUCAAGUCGAAUUUCUUCCUUGUGCUGACCUAAUCAUGGUUCUCAAAGAAGGCAGGAUUAUUCAGUCAGGCAAAUAUGAUGAACUUCUACAAGCCGGAACUGAUUUUAAGGCGUUAGUCUCUGCCCAUCAUGAAGCAAUUGAGGCUAUGGAUAUCCCGAGUCCCUGCUCGGAGGACUCAGAUGACAAUCCAGUACUCGAUAGGUUGGUUUUACAUAAUCCAAAAUCUGAUGCUUUUGAAGAUAGCAUUGAGGCUUUGGCAAAGGAAGUACAAGACGGUGGUUCUGCUUCGUCAGACCAAAAGGCCAUCAAAGAGAAAAAGAAAGCAAAGCGUUCCCGUAAGAAGCAGCUUGUGCAAGAAGAGGAAAGAGUGAAGGGGAAAGUCAGCAUGAAGGUUUACUUGUCAUACAUGGGUGCAGCAUAUAAAGGGUUAUUGAUUCCUCUCAUAAUCUUGGCACAGGCUUUAUUCCAAUUUCUUCAGAUUGCUAGUAAUUGGUGGAUGGCCUGGGCAAAUCCCCAAACUGAAGGUGAUCAGUCUAAAGUUGAUCCUAAGGUCCUUUUGCUCGUUUACAUGGCCCUUGCUUUUGGAAGCUCGUGGUUCAUAUUCGUGCGAGCUACUUUGGUUGCGACUUUUGGCUUAGCCGCUGCACAGAAGCUCUUCUUAAAUAUGCUCAGAAGUGUAUUCAGAGCACCAAUGUCGUUUUUUGAUUCGACUCCUGCUGGAAGAAUCUUGAAUCGUGUUUCUAUUGAUCAAAGUGUUGUGGAUCUUGACAUUCCUUUCAGACUUGGUGGGUUUGCUUCAACAACAAUACAACUAUUUGGAAUUGUCGGUGUAAUGACUAACGUUACCUGGCAAGUUUUCCUUCUUGUUGUCCCAGUAGCGGUUGCUUGCUUUUGGAUGCAGAAAUACUACAUGGCUUCUUCGAGAGAACUGGUUAGGAUUGUAAGCAUCCAGAAAUCCCCUAUAAUCCAUCUCUUUGGAGAGUCAAUAGCCGGUUCAGCCACAAUAAGAGGCUUCGGCCAGGAAAAAAGAUUCAUGAAGAGAAACCUGUAUCUUCUCGAUUGCUUUGCUCGGCCCUUCUUCUGCAGCAUUGCUGCUAUUGAAUGGCUUUGUCUACGCAUGGAAUUACUUUCCACUUUCAUAUUUGCUUUCUGUAUGGUCUUACUCGUGAGUUUUCCACAUGGCACCAUUGAUCCAAGCAUGGCAGGCCUUGCUGUAACAUAUGGCCUUAAUUUGAAUGGGCGUCUUUCACGGUGGAUACUCAGCUUUUGUAAGCUUGAGAACAAAAUUAUCUCCAUUGAAAGGAUUUAUCAGUACAGCCAGAUUCUUGGAGAAGCUCCAGCAGUCAUUGAGGAUUCCCGCCCGCCUUCCUCAUGGCCCGAAAAGGGGACUAUCGAGCUGGUUGAUUUAAAGGUCCGUUAUGGUGAAAAUCUUCCAACAGUGCUCCACGGGGUGAACUGCGUUUUCCCGGGUGGUAAAAAGAUUGGAAUUGUCGGGCGCACGGGAAGUGGCAAAUCUACUUUGAUCCAGGCUUUGUUUCGUUUGAUUGAGCCAACGGCUGGAAGAAUUAUAAUAGACAACAUCGAUAUCUCAAAAAUUGGUCUUCAUGAUCUACGUAGCCGCCUUAGUAUCAUACCUCAGGAUCCUACAUUAUUUGAAGGAACCAUCCGAGGCAAUCUCGACCCUCUUGACGAACAUUCAGACAAGGAAAUCUGGGAGGCUCUCGAUAAAUCUCAGCUCAGAGACACUGUUAGAGGAAAAGACCAAAAACUUGACUCUCCAGUGCUGGAAAAUGGAGAUAACUGGAGCGUGGGCCAGAGGCAACUGGUUUCGCUUGGACGGGCAUUGCUGAAACAGGCAAGAAUACUGGUUCUUGACGAAGCAACGGCAUCGGUAGACACAGCCACAGACAAUCUAAUCCAGAAGAUAAUCAGAACCGAGUUUGAAGAUUGCACGGUCUGCACCAUUGCUCAUCGCAUCCCAACUGUCAUCGACAGUGAUCUCGUCUUAGUACUCAGCGACGGUAGAGUGGCAGAGUUUGAUACUCCUACUCGGCUCCUAGAGGACAAAUCAUCGAUGUUUCUGAAAUUGGUGACAGAGUAUUCUUCAAGAUCCAGUGGGAUACCGGAUUUCUGAAACUACAAUGGGCAUAACUGCUCGGUUCUUGCCCCGGUCGUCCUGAAGAGAGACCAGCCUGCAGCAGCUGCUGCUGCACUUGGACAAUGUGAAGACGAGCUCCGAGGGCAGCAGGCUGAGUUCAAUGAAGGAUGAUGGGACCAUGGCAAAUGGGGGUUGGUCUGAUUCCUGGAGAACCGGGAAUAUCACACGGUCAAACGUGACAAAACUUUACGCGAUGAUUCUGGGUGUAACUGGUUCUGAUCACACUUUAAGAAGGGUUUUGUUUUUGCAAUAAAAGUAUCCGUCUUUUUAUGCUUACCACAAUAAUCUGAAAACCUUAUGGAUCAAAGCUGGUGGUGGUUGAACUCAGAGCUAGUGAACACAAAAAUGGUUUAAGAAAGAUUUUGAGUUUUGUCUCCAA